AUGAAGGCAACUCCAAUGGAGAUGAGCCCUUCUCUGGAAGAAAUGGACCAGCAAAGACUCAUGAGUGAUGUUCCAAAUAACGUAGUUUGGAGAGAAUUCUGUGUUGAACCUCAAAAUUCAUCCCAUACUGAACAUCAAAAAAUGAACUCUGAGGAAAAGUCAGGUGAUUGGAAGCAAUGUGGAAAGACAUUCAGACAGAGACACAAACUUGCUAAACAUCAGAGAAUUCACAUUGGGGAGAAACCUUAUGAAUGCAAGCAAUGUGGAAAGACAUUCAGUUGGAGCACCAGCGUUGCUCGACAUCAGAGAAUUCACACUGGAGAGAAACCUUAUGAAUGCAAGGAGUGUGGAAAGACAUUCAGUGACAGAUCCAGUUUGGUUGUACAUCAGAGAGUCCACACUGGGGAGAAACCUUAUGAAUGCAAGCAGUGUGGAAAGACAUUCAGUGACAGAUCCAAUUUGGUUGUACAUCAGAGAAUCCACACUGGGGAGAAACCUUAUGAAUGCAACCAAUGUGGAAAGACAUUCAGACAGAGCUUCGAUCUUACUCAGCAUCAGAGAAUCCACACUGGAGAGAAACCUCAUGAAUGCAACCAAUGUGGAAAGACAUUCAAUGAGAGAUCCAGUUUGGCUAUACAUCAGAGAAUCCACACUGGGGAGAAACCUUUUGAAUGCAAUCAAUGUGGAAAGACAUUCAGUCAGAGCUCUAGUCUUGCUCUGCAUAAGAGAAUUCAUACUGGAGAGAAACCUUAUAAAUGCAAGCAAUGUGGAAAGACAUUCAGUCAGAGCUCACAUCUUGUUAAACAUCAAAAAAUCCACACUGGGGACAAACCUUAUGAAUGCAACCAGUGUGGAAAGACAUUCCGUGAGAGAUCCCAUCUUGCUGUACAUCAGAGAAUCCACACUGGGGAAAAACCUUAUGAAUGCAAUCAAUGUGGAAAGACAUUCAGUUGGACCACUAGCUUUGCUAGACAUCAGAGAAUCCACACUGGGGAGAAACCUUUUGAAUGCGAGCAGUGUGGAAAGACAUUCAGUGACAGAUCCAGUUUGAUUGUACAUCAGAGAAUCCACACUGGGGAGAAACCUUUUGAAUGCAAGCAGUGUGGAAAGGCAUUCAGUGAAAAAUCCAGUUUGGUUAUACAUCAGAGAAUCCACACUGGGGAGAAACCUUAUGAAUGCAAGCAUUGUGGAAAGACAUUCAGUCACAGAUCCAGUUUGGUCGUACAUCAAAGAAUCCACACUGGGGAGAAACCUUAUGAUUGUAAGCAUUGUGGAAAAACAUUCAGUCAGAGAUUCUAUCUUGUCUCACAUCAAAGAAUCCACACUGGAGAGAAACCUUAUGAAUGUAAACAAUGUGGAAAGACAUUUAGUCACAACUACAGUCUUGCUCAGCAUCAAAGAAUCCACACUGGG